AUGAAGUUAGUUAAUUUGUCUUUUAUAAGUUCAAAAUUGGUUAUUGAUUUUACUGUGGCUAUUGAAAAGUUUAAAAAUGAUGAAGGGUUAACAUAUUUUAUUGGUGAUACCAUACAAAAAUAUAAUUCAAGAUUAAAAGAUGGUAGUGUUGAAUUUAGAUUAAAUAAGGUUUUAUUUUAUGAUGAAUUACAGACACUAGAACCCACCCUUUACAGCUGUGUGGGUAAGGACGAUAUUAAUUGUAGAAAGAAAAUAUUAGAAGAUAAUCCAACUAAUAUUUUAUACUUUGCUAGUACAAAUAACAUUGAUAAUGAUUUUUCUAAAUACAUGAUUAUUAACCCAUGUAGAUCAAGAUAUUUUGGCAAUGUUUUUGGAAAUAAUAGUUUUUAUAACGAAAUAUCACUAAGUUUAAAAGAUUGGAUAUCAAAUUUAUUAGGAACAGAAAUUAAUCUUAAUUCUGAUAGUAAAAUUUUUGCUUCUUCUAAACUGUUAAAGGAGUUUAAGAGAUGUAAAAUUAUUUAUGAAAUAAGUGAAGAUGAAGAGGAGUCAACAUAUAAAAAUUAUACCAUUUCUACAAGACCUGAAAACACAACUAAUCAAAAAAAUAACAUCGAGUCAAAUUUAGACAAAAGUGAUGUUAAAUUCUCAAAAAGGAAAUCUAAUUAUUUCUUUGAUUCUAUCAAUAUUAAAGAGCCAAAUCCUAUAAUUUUAAAUAGAAAAAAAGUUCGUAAGUUUCCUUUUUAA